UUUGCACAUUACAAAUAUUAGACCAAGUUUGAGGUAGCUAGAAACUUAGAAAUUAUUUUGAAAAGAUCAUAGAAACAAACAUGAAGUUUGAUUUCGCAAUUGUUAUUAUAGCAGUUAGUAUGUUAGGAAUUGGUCUUGAAAGAUGUGAUUGCAAAAUGGUGCAGUUCAUUUUUGGAGAUUCUCUGUCUGAUGUUGGAAACAACAUCUACCUUUCCAAAAGCCUUGCUCAGGCAAGUUUGCCUUGGUAUGGUAUUGAUAUGGGAAAUGGUCUUCCUAAUGGCAGAUUCUCUAAUGGUCGUACAGUUGCCGAUAUUAUAGGUGACAACAUGGGACUUCCAAGGCCUCCAGCAUUUCUGGACCCAUCAUUAACCGAAGAUGUUAUAUUAGAAAAUGGAGUGAACUAUGCUUCUGGAGGUGGUGGCAUAUUGAAUGAAACUGGAAGUUUUUUUAUUCAAAGAUUUUCUCUCUACAAACAAAUUGAGCUGUUUGAGGGGACACAAGAACUAAUUAGAAGCAAAAUUGGAAAAGUGGAGGCAGAGAAGUUUUUUCAGGAAGCACGCUAUGUUGUUGCGUUAGGUAGCAAUGACUUCAUCAAUAAUUACUUGAUGCCUCUUUAUAGUGAUUCAUGGACUUACAAUGAUGAAACCUUCAUGGAUUACUUAGUUGGAACACUACAAGACCAACUUAAGGUAUUGCAUGGGCUAGGAGCAAGACAACUGAUGGUGUUUGGGCUUGGCCCAAUGGGCUGCAUUCCUCUUCAAAGAGUGCUUAGUACAUCUGGGAAUUGUCAAGAAAAAACAAACAAGCUAGCUCUUAAUUUUAACAAAGCUUCAAGCAAGGUUGUAAAUGAUUUGGGAAAGCAACUUCCAAAUUCAAGCUACAGAUUUGGAGAUGCAUAUGAUGUCGUUAAUAAUGUGAUUAGCAACCCAAGCAAGUAUGGGUUUGAAAACGCAGACUCGCCAUGUUGCUCAUUUGGGAGGAUUCGUCCAGCUUUAACAUGUAUACCAGCGUCAAAACUAUGCAAAGACAGAAGCAAAUAUGUUUUUUGGGAUGAAUAUCAUCCAUCAGACAAGGCUAACGAAAUGAUUGCCACUGAACUCAUCAAGAAAUUUGGGUUUAAACGUGUUGAUCAAACACAAUCAUCUUCACCAUCACCUGAACUUGCUCCAUCUCCUACUUCAGAUGAUUAAUUGAUUAAUUAUACUAUGUUGUAAUUGUUUUUGUUAUUCAAUUUGUAUUGUAAUAGAAGUAAGUAUCUAUGUGUUUCUUGAAAAGUUAUACUGAUUUUUUGUUAUGGUCUAAGAUUGUCACGAUAAUCAUGUCAUUCUCAUAUAUUGUUUUGGAAAAUCACAAGGAUGGCAACAUAAGUGAAACAGUACAAGCUUAUA